AUGGUGAAGGCUUGCUGUUGCUUAAUAUUUCUUGCGGUUGCUCAUAUCGUGCUGCCCAGCUACUCAGUAUUUUUAUCAGAAAAAAAAGCCUCUGAAGUCUUGAGAAUUAGGAAACGGCACAAUUCCUUCUUUGAAGAAUUCAAGGCUGGAAAUUUAGAAAGAGAGUGUAUCGAAGAAACUUGUGAUUUUGAAGAAGUAAAAGAGAUUUUCCCAACAACAGAUGAUGCUUUAAUAUUUUGGAACAAGCAUGUCGACGGUGACCAGUGUAAACCUAAUCCAUGUGCCAGCAAUGCAACUUGCCAGGAUCUGAUUGGGGGCUACUAUUGCCACUGUCCUCAGGGUCGAGAUGGGCCACAAUGUCAAUACGCACUGAAGGCAACAAACUGCUCUGACAAUUAUGGUUAUUGUACACAUAUCUGUAAAGAAAUUCCUUUGAGAAAUAGGCGGGAAUGUUCAUGUGUGAACAGCUACGAUCUAAGUGAUGACGGCUUCUCCUGCAUUCCUAAAGAAUAUGGUUGUGGAUACCUCAGAACAGUAAAAAAAAAAUCAAGUUCUCAAGGCAUGGAAAAUUCAACACCAGACCCUCGAAUCACUGGGGGGAAGGUGAUGAAGAAAGGAAGCAGCCCCUGGCAGAUCCUACUUAUGGAUGCAGGUGGCCACUUCAAGUGUGGAGGAGUUCUAAUUCAUCAGUUUUGGAUCUUGACUGCCGCUCAUUGCGUUGAUGGAGGAGGUCGAUUUAAAGUCAGACUUGGUGAGCAUAAUCGGACAGUUAAUGAGCAAACAGAGGAUACUAUCAUCAUAAGUGCAGUGACCAUCCAUCCCAACUUCAGCCGCAGUAAAUUGGAUAAUGAUAUCGCUCUCCUCCAGCUAUCUGUACCCGCUAUCUUCAGUGAUUACAUCCUCCCAGUGUGUCUCCCCAGCCGAAUGAUGGCAGAGGAAAGAUUACUCAUUCCGGGAAACAAAGUAUUGGUCACAGGUUGGGGAGCAGUGGAUGAAAACGAUGACACAAUCCGCCCUACCACUCUGUUGUUCAUCGACAUUACAUUGGUUUCCCAUAAACAGUGCCAGGAGAUGCUAGGACACAGAAUCACAUACAACAUGAUCUGCGCAGGAGACCCAAGUUUCAGAAGAGAUGCCUGUAAAGGUGAUAGCGGUGGACCAAUGGUCAUUGUAAAGAAAGGCACGUGGUUUCUGAUAGGACUGGUCAGCUGGGGAGAAGGAUGUGGCCGGUUCCAUAAAUUUGGUGUUUACACAAAAGUGUCCAAUUACCUAGACUGGAUAUAUUCAGAAACUGGUAUCUAAUUUUUUUUCCAAAUCUGCUCCUCUCUGAUUGAUCUACAGGACAAAGUUAUCUUUAUCAUCUCUUUCCAAUUCAACUACAAAUGUAUUAAAUAAUAUUGGACAAAUAAGUUCUUGAGAUGUUAGGUGCUAAAUAUGUUGUACUACUUCAGUGAUAGUCUACCAUAAUUAAAUAUAAAUUAUGACUAAUAUUCAGAUAAAGUUUGUGCAUUAUGACUUAUGCCAAUAAUCUGGAAAGAAUAGUAACUAAAUCUCAACAAAGAAAAAUGUAGUCAGUUCAGAUUUCUGUUCUGCUUGCUUUCUUAGUUUGUUCCAUGAAUUUUUCUAUUCUCUUAAAUGUAUAUGUUGAAAGUGCUGAUUGAAUCAUUUAAAAUAUAUUAUGUCUUUCUGGGGUUUUGCCGAUAUGGUACACAGCUGAUCAAUGUACACUGUCAUAUUCAUCUGGUUAAUAUGCGGUGUUUCUCAUUAUCCACGAUUGAACUCUUUAAGUUUAGUUCUGCCUUUGGCAGAGUCUCUUCGUUAAGGCUAACUGGGGCCCAAGAGAGGAGCAAGAAAGGCACCAACAUGUAUAUUUUUUUUCUGCUUCAUACUAUCGGGAACUAGUUCCAGAGAGGAAUUGGUGUAAGACCAGGAAAAGUGCAUAUGGAAGAGGAAAAAAUCCCUGAAGAUUAUACAGGUUUGGACAUAAAGAUUAAACUGGGUUGAAUACAACAUGGUCAAAAAGGUUAAAUGGACUUGGCUGCCAAUUAGAGUAUUAGCUCUGACACAUUUUAAACUCGACAUAAUAAACCUAUCUUUCAAGUUUCAA